UUAGCAGAAGCCACAGUAGGAGAGACUGAGAAGACAUUUUUCACCAUGAGUAUGUUAACACCUUUAGUUUUUGUUCCUGUGCUAGCCUGUUUUCUGCCUCUAAUGUCAGCAACGGUGGUUCAGGAUUUUAACCACAUAGAGAGGUGCAAGGACUCCCUGUACAUGGGGACACCCCCACGCGGGUUCACCGACACCAAACUGAAGAGGAUCUGCCAACGUUACGCAGACAGACCUCGCUAUGUGACCCUGUAUGACCCACAAAAGCGGAUUCCAGUUUACUCAGCGUAUACCUUCAAGAAAACAGAGGGAGACAGACGUGUGGACUACCCUUGGAUGUACGAGCCACAGCUGGCAGAAGUCGAUGGGAAUGGAAACAUGCAGCCCUUCCCCACUGGCUACCUGCACAUGAAGUUUGAGGACAGCCAGGCAGUCCUGGAUGACUACUCUGACGUGGUCCUGUAUGAGAGAGGCCACCUAAACCCGGACCAGCACCAGUCCACGCCACACGACCGCGCCGCCACCUACACUUUGACCAACGUGGUCCCGGAGAUCCGCGAGUUCAACAUCGGGCCUUGGCGUGAGUACGAGGAGCGGAUCCGGGUCCGCCUCAACAACUUCUGCCGCGGCACGGCCUACAUCGUGACCGGAGUGACCACCAGGGGCAACAUGAUCCGUCGAAACAACCAGGACCGCGUGGCCAUCCCCGAAGACGUGUGGUCCGCUUACUGCUGCACUGAAUACGACCGCAACGCGCCGCACGAUGUCCGCAUCCGCUUCCCGACCUACGGAGUCUUGGCCAAAAACGCCAAAGAGGGCAACAGCGUGCACGAGAUGCCGCUCCAGGAACUUGAGAUCUUUCUGAAAAGUAAUUUGGAUGUUGACCAGAACCUUCAGAUCUUCUAUGACAACUGCAUCUCUCCCUCACCCCUCCCUCUUUACCUCCAACAUACUAUCUGAGAGCUUAAACCUCCUGUGUGUUACGUGGUUUUUAAUUAUUCUAAUGCUAAAUUCAAAAUGCAGAGUUGGAGGUUAUGCAAAUUGGCUCAUUCAAUAAAAUAUCUUAAUUAACUGUGA